UAGUCUAGGGAUUGCAGCGAUCGCUGUCGACAGCAUCAAAGAUUCAUAGCUUAGAUAAGAGUAUAAGCAAAUAUGGACUUGGUUUGUCUGGAGGACUUUGAGCAGCAGGCUGAGAGUAAGCUGGAAAAGACAGCAAGGGAUUACUAUAAAAGUGGAGCAGGAGAUCAGUUCACGCUUCGUCUGAAUCGCGAGGCAUUUAAAAGAUUACGAUUGCGUCCGCGUUGUCUGCGAGAUGUCUCCCAGCUGGAUAUUAGUUGUAAAAUAUUUGGUCAGCAGCUGAAGUGGCCACUGGGAAUCGCUCCAACAGCAAUGCAGAAGAUGGCGCAUCCGGAUGGGGAGAUUGGAAAUGCCCGCGCCGCUGGCAAAGCUGGUUCCAUCUUUAUUUUGAGCACUCUUUCCACCACUUCGCUGGAGGAUUUGUCGGCGGCUGCUCCCGACACUUACAAGUGGUUUCAGCUUUAUAUUUACAAGGAUCGAUCGCUGACCGAAAAGAUUGUUCGGCGGGCUGAGAAGGCAAACUUCAAGGCCCUUGUGCUGACCGUAGAUGCCCCCAUAUUUGGACACCGACGUGCCGAUGUGCGCAACAAGUUCAGUUUGCCAUCGCACCUGAGUUUGGCCAACUUCCAAGGCGAACAGGCGAACGGAGUUGUCACUGACGGUGGGUCGGGGAUUAACGAGUAUGUUGCCAGCCAAUUCGAUCCCAGCAUCACCUGGAAAGACAUUAACUGGCUGAAACAGCUCACACAGCUGCCAAUUGUCCUCAAGGGCAUCCUCACGGCAGAAGACGCCGUCUUGGCAAGGGAAUUUGGCUGUGCCGGCGUUAUUGUCUCCAACCAUGGGGCCCGCCAAAUUGACACCGUGCCAGCUUCCAUCGAAGCACUUCCGGAGGUGGUGAAAGCCGUGGGAAAUGAUCUGGUUGUUAUGCUAGACGGCGGCAUUAUGCAGGGAAAUGAUAUAUUCAAGGCCUUGGCUCUGGGUGCUAAAACUGUGUUCAUAGGUCGUCCGGCGGUCUAUGGUCUCGCCUAUAAUGGGCAGCAGGGCGUGGAGCAGGUGCUGGGUGUAUUAAGAAAAGAUUUUGAAAUUACUAUGGCCUUGACCGGUUGUCAAAAAUUAUCUGAUAUCCAAUCGUCACUGGUAGCGCACGAGUCGAUCUAUUCAAAACUGUAAAUGUGUAUACCGGUAAAAAUAAAAGAUUUUAGAUAUUAACCUUA